AUGCCGGGUGUUGUCGCCCGAGGAAACAUGAGAGAAUCUAUCCUCGCCCUUCCACUCGUUUAUGGCACUCCAGAUGUCAUCCCUGAUCGAGCUUUGUGGGCAGCAACAGUCUGCCUGGGUAUCUUAGCCAGCGUCUACCGUUACGAGGAGGUGAAUGACGGCAAUGAAGGUGUUAGUGUUAUUGCACCUCCUGGAGCUUUCCGGAACAUUUCUGGGGAGGCAGAUGACGAGGAAGAGGAGACGAAAGGGAUACCGCGAAAUAUUGCUAUUCCGCUGCGACAAGUGUUCAACGACCGUGGUGAAGCCAUGUUCCUGCUCUGCAUGGCCGAAGUACACGGCUGCUUCCAAUCUGGCAUCGAAAUUCUUGCGCGAUGCCAGGAGCAUGUGAUGAAUCGCGAAUCCGAAGGCCUACUUCGGGACUUAAUUCAACUCAAGUCAAUUAUUGAUCAACUUCCAUACGUAUUUCAUAAGAUCUCAGUUAAUCCUGCUUCGGGUGAGCAGUUUGCAAAUCCAGUUGAGUGGGGACAGAGAUACGCUAAAUUUAGUGCACCCCUGUCGAAACGUGUCCCAGCACUCUCCGGACUCGCACUCCCUCUGUUCCUUUUAAUGGAUGCUUUUAUCGGCAGGACCAAAUACACGUCAUUUCUUGGCAUUGAAGCUGUCCAUCUCCGGCGAUGGCUGCCGCUUAACAUUCGAGCCUUUAUUGCGGCAAUUGAGAACCACUACCGAGUACCUGAGUUUGUGAAGGCUAGUGGCGAUCCGAGGCUGGAAGGCGUGUUGGAAGGACUAAUCGAAUCGUAUGCUGGAGAGCGUGGUUUUAUGGGAACUCACCGAUACAAAGUCUACGGGUUCCUAGAAGUCGUGGCCAAGACUGGGCGGACAGAAACCAAUGGGAAUGCAGGAGCCGGGGAGUCAGAUGGGAGGCCAUGGGAGGAGGUCCACCGCACCUUGUCCGAUGCGAUGCGGGAGAGGCUCGACCCCUAUCGCGGCGAGGUCAAGGUUCAACCGCACGAGAUGCGAGGGAGCUUUGAAGAAUGCCGAUUCCGAGCGAGGAUCAUGGACAGGCGACAGAUUGAUAAUGACCCCAACCGAUCUACGGGGGUUGUUACAUUUGAUUUGCAUAACACGGGUAUUACUUUUCAACCAGGUGAUCGAAUAGCUGUCAUGCCAAUCAAUCCUUCGUAUGAGACGGCAAAGGUAGCUGCCGCAUUAGGGCUCGAAGAUCUCAUGGACGCCAUUGUCCCAGUUGAGCAAGGAUCUGAGUGGGCACGAUUCUCUAAGCAUCUCGAGAUGGUGUCCAAGGUUUCUGGUUCAGGUCUCACUGUCAAGGAGGUGCUGAAGCGAGGCCAUCUGGCACCCCUCACCAAAGAUCUCGUGCUUUCACUCCACCAAAUGCUCCGUGCGUCAUCUCAGACGACUCUCCAUAUCCUCGCAUCCGAUGACUGGCCAGUCAAAGGCAGCAUUGGCGACUUGCUGCAAACCGCUAUUAGGGACACACCUCAGGAUAUCUGGGACCGAGCAUUCGACCUCAUGAACCUUGCUUGGCUCCCAAAGUUGAUUAAACUUGAAGUACCGCGGACAUACAGCAUCUCCAAUGCAUCGGAUGGAAUGCUUCCUAGUAUGAUCGAUCUUACGGUCUCUCGCACCGAAAGCACCCGCAACUCCAUUUUCCAGUCUGUCCAGCCUUCAUUGCCUUUGUACGGAGUGUCUAGUGGCUUCCUAAACCCGCCUCCACAUCUCAUGGACUUUCCGUGCGCGGUCUCUGAUGACGAGUCUGUACUAAUCGGAGUAUCGCGCCCGAUCCAGUUUCAGUUGCCUUCAAGCACUACGGUCCCAGUGGCGAUGUUUGCUGGUGGUUCAGGCAUUGCACCGUUUCGUGGCUUCUGGCAAGCUCGUUCGCAACACGGGAUUGGUCGCAAUAUUUUAUUUCUGGGGGUCCAAUCCCGCGACAAGUUCUUGCACGAGGCGGAGCUGCGGAGUCUUGUCCAAGAAGGCUCACUUGAGCUCCAUACCGCAUUCUCCCGCGAUCGCAAAGGCUUAGUCUAUGAUCCCGCUUUAAGAGACCUUGUUGAGCAGGAUAUGGAGCCUCGGUAUAUCGAUACUACCAUCGUUGAGCAAGGCAGGCUGGUUUCUGAGCUUGUCAUGUCCAGGAACCAGGGUGGGCUGGGAGGCCAUCUCUACAUUUGUGGCUCCGUUUCGGUAUACGAGACUGUCAUGUCUGGUAUCAAGCAGGCCAUCUACAAAUAUCAAGCAUCCACACAUGAGUCGGCAGAUACUCUACUCGCCACGGCUUUUGCAGAGCGACGGUUCAUGCUCGAUAUCUUCAUGACGCCUCGUUCUAUCCCUAACACAACACCGACGAUACCCAUGUCAAGGCUUGCUAUUCAUACAGGCCAUCGAAAAGGGUCACGCAUGUGGAUUGGCGUUCAUGGUGGAGUGUACGACAUAACGGACUUCCUCCCAAUGCACCCGGGCGGCACUCUUAUCGUCGCUGCUAGUGCUGGUCUUGAUGCAACAAAAACAUUUGACGACCUUGCUCACUCUAGCAAUCCUGAAGUAUCGAGUCUUCUGUCCAAGUACUUCAUCGGCCACCUUGGUGCGAAACCCGACUUCCGGUCCAGCGAAUUGAGCUACAUUUACGAUCAGUGGUACCAAUACUUACGAACGAGCGUUGAGAGCCUCACGACUUUGUACUUCGAAGCGAACAAUAUCCUUGAGGAUUCGAAGGUAUGGUUUUCUGGUGGUCUGUUUAACAUUGGUGGUGUACGCAAGUUCUACCAGUUCCAGAGCCGGCUGAUGCAGAAUGGCUUCUCGGCAUUGUUUGGGGCGAAACUGCAGGAAAUUUAUCUCAAGCUUUCGUAUUCUCUGGCGAACGCAGUCGCACCCAAUGUCCGGCUUCCCGAUAUCAUCGGCACGAUCACUCGAGCGCAGUCGUCUCCUGAUGCUACCAAGGCCAUGAAGGAGGUUUCUGAAGUCGGCCAAUUUGUGUGCAAUAGCAGCAAGUUGGCACGAUUUCAUGAGAACGGCAUCCUGAGAUACGCGCAGACGAUCACGGAGCUCGAUGUGACGUUUUUAGAGCAUAUCCGUGACGAGACUGCUUUGGGCAUGGAUGCUUUUGAUAUGAUUGCUGCGAUGGACGAGUCCGCGAGCUCUAAGCAAGUCAAACUCGCAUCCUAUCUUCUUACCGUCCUCGAAAGGAUUGCCGCGCGCCUUGAAGCCUACUAUGCCUCGCUUUCGCAAGAAUCGAUCUACCGUCCCGAAAUCGAAAAUAACCCUGCACGCACACGCUGGAACAACGUCCGCCGCAAGAUCAUGGAUGGUUCGUUCUUUGUUUUAGCUAAACCACCGGACAUGUCAUAUAGCGAUGGCAUGUCAACGGGACUCCGAAGCCGGAACGGGGUCGAAGUAGACUUCGCACAGAUCUUUGCUAGUGCGCAGCAAACGCUGCAACGAAACUCCCAGAGCCUGUCAUCGCACGAUUACGACCCUCCACAAUCGAGACGUCUAGCUGAUGCUCACGCCGCACGUGCUGCUAAGAACCUCCAGGCUCCCUCGUCGUUCGAAAGCCAGCAACAGGGUAAUGCACUUCGCCGGAUGUCAACAUUUAUCAACAGUAAUAUGUCAAAUAUUCGUCGCUUGAGCCGACUACCAGCCGAGUAUGACUUCACGCAGCUAAUGGCAACUUACAAUCCAAAUGCGCACGCUCAAGCACUGAGCGGAGGUCACACUAAGGCCCCAAGUAUCGCUUCUAGCAUCAGUUCACAUGGACUUCGCACUCGUGCUGCAGCAAACGCAUCGCCUCCCCUACCGGCUCCACAACCUCUGCGAACACGAGCACAGGUAAUCCAGCAGACGCAGGCACAGGUGCAGUCUUCUUCUCUUGCUCAGCAACUAAGUCAUCGCAAUCAUCAACCUCUCCCUCCACCGAAAGACCCACUUCCACAGCUGCCUACGGGCUCUCCGACUAUGCCCCCGAAUUCUUCAAUGAAUGCAGCAAUGGUCUACCUCAAUCGCCGCCAACCACCACGCAGCACGACUCCCCUUCCAGCCUCUCCCCGAGCAUCUCUGGCGCUAAGUGCCACUGGUUCUAUCGUGUCCCGCCGCAAGAUGAGUGGCGAAGACACGCCGCCUCCUAUGCCGACAGUGCCUAUGUCAAUUUCGGCAUCUGCAGCUACCACGGUGUCGUCGGUGGCAGCGUCAUUGCCGGCCGGGUUGAGAGCGUUGAAGCUAGGGACGAAGAGUGGGGAUGAGAGAAUUUUUCAACAGCAAGUGCAAGCAAGGGUGUAAGGCUUGAAGUGGGAAGGGUGUGAGGUCUGAAGUGGGAAGGGGUGGGAGUGAGAGUCAGAGUGGGGGCAUUCGAAGUGCUGGCACGUUUUCUGGUCUUGGUAGUUUUGCACUAUAUCCUGAUUCGUUUGUAUUUUCUAGUACUUUCUAGGGCGGUUUUCCUUGGACAUAAAAUUUGUUACGCG